UUUUCCCGUUGGGUGUCGCGGGGGAACUGGGGCCUAUCCAUGCGUCUUGGGGCGAAGGCAGGGGACACCCUCGACAACCAGUUCAUUGGCAAACUUUUGAAAGCCUCUUAUCUUCCUUAUGUGAGUAAAUUUUGUUGUCUAGUGCUCUUGUUUCGAGACUCACAUGCUGGUUGGGUGUUUUGAUGCCUUUAACAACAUUUUCUGGUGGAAAGGAACCGAAUAUUUUCCAGUACGGUUUACCAAUUACGCGGUGAAAAGCUUACAAACGCCAUUUCUCUUUGAUUUCCUGGUAAAUUGGCGCCAUUAACAGCUGUAGUCCCGCCCCCUCUCCUUCACAGGGUUAAAGGUAAAUUUCACCAACUUCACUUUUCUAAACCAAGCAGCAUUUUCCUGUGUUUACAGUUUUUCUCAGUCGCUUUGGUGCAUUUCUCAGAUCAGAAUGAAAGUUUUCACAACUAUUAGUUCAACCACCACAACACUGAGUCAUUUUUGCACAUCAUGGUAGCAGUUUCUCAUUCCUCUGAACAAAUUGCAAAUGCUUUUGGACGUGUAUCAGUUACUUUCGUACAAUUCUCUGCUGUUUUAUAACAUUAUCAUUUGCUUAUGUCAAUCCAGUCAAAAUGAACUAUACUUUUGAAUGCUGAAUAGUCAUUCCCUAUAGAACUUAUAGUCCUCAUUUCAUUGCUUGAGUCAUUAAAUACACAAUUGUUGAAUUAGCUCUCAAAAUCCCUUAUCAUUUUAUUUUUUGAAAAUGUCUCCUAAAUUGAACAGCUGCUCUCAGGUGAACCUCAGCUUUCACUCUUCACAUGAAGAGGUAGCCACUUGUCCACAGUCACUCAGAGCUGAUUCCCAUGAACCCUCACUUGGCAAGCGCAUAUAAACCAAGCAGGACAUAGUGUGUACCAUUUCUACAAUUCUGUGACACAAAAAUGGAGGGUCAGUGUCGUGGAGGAGAGGGUGAGAAUGCAGGGAGGAAGGGGACAAAACAGGGGCAGAGGAAGAAGAGGUGAAGUACAUAGACAAAUCCCUGAUGAAAUUAGGGUUACACUUGUGGACCAUGUUGUCAAUCAUGGUCUCAUUAUGGCUGAGGCUGGUCAAUGGACAACCAAAUGUAGGGAGAACUACUGUGAAUCUUAUGUUUGUUCUAUGAUCCAAACCUCUCUUGUUAGGUUUCAUAAACCUUUAUUGAAAAAAAAAAUCUGUACUUUUUAAUGAUUGAAUCAAAUUGAUUUCUGCCAUGUUUCAACAAAAAGGACUAAUGAGAUCAAAACACUGUCGGUCAUUUAUUUGACCAUAUGAUAGUUUAGUGCUUAGUGGCAUGUUCUUAGUUGUGUUGCCUGCACAUAUUCAAAGCUAAAUAAAGAUCUUGUUUCCGCAGUUUAACAGAAAAAAAAAAUCACUUUAUUGUUAAAUUACCAUCCCAAAGCCUCAAGAUAUAAAGAUGUAGGUUAUAAGCUUUGGUGAUGGAGUCAUUACGAAGAUAAAGACGUCCAACAAGAAAAGUAUUUUUAAAAAGGGCUGUAAUUUUUGUGUCAGUAACUUGUUUGAACUUUGUUGAAAAUACACAAACAACCUUUCUAUUUAUGACAGAAUGAACAUAAUUAUUUCUAACACUCUGAACUGACGUUAGGAUUUUUCCAGAAACCAAGGCAUGGCAUGAUUUUAAAAAAUCCCUUAUUUACUGCAAGAUCCAUUUUUGAGAAAAGCUUUGAAAAUGCUGUAACCUAAUAUAACCACUAGAGGGCAAAGUAGGUCAGGUAUAGAGAGAAAAAUCAAGAUCAAGAACAUCACUGACAUGAUUUCAGUUGCUUAAAAAUUAGCUAGUUUUGUGUGUUUUAAGAACAUCUCAUCCACCAAGUAUACUUAGUUUUUUGUUCAACCUUAUGUGCCCUGUUAAAAUAAAUCAAGGCUUCUGCGUUGAGCUUUGUUUAUACAUGAUAUCAUCAAACUUGGUAGAAAUACAGUAAUACAAACAGCCUGAUGUAUCUAAAAUACACUUUAUUCUGCUUUCAGUUCACAAUUAUUACAAUAUUAAGAACCUUGCACAUUUUUCACAGUUGCAUUUUGCACCACAAUGGAAUGUAAUAUCAUGUUUUACAGCAAUGAACAAAUCAGCCACAGUUGUUGAAGGUUUUGUUGGACGGCAAAAGACAUCCGGUUCCACGCACUGCGCUACAGACAGAGGCCAGUAGUACAGCUGAGGCUCAGACCAACACAAAGAAAGCUAUCUAUAUUUAUCUAUACUUGAAUCUCUGAGCAAAAGAAACUAUCUUUCUCAACUACAUUUCCAGGAUGACAAAUAUACCAACGCUAGCUAUACUCUUUAUCAAAGCACAGACUAACAUUUGAAUACUGACAAUUUUCAGGUCAUCGUCUCAAAGCAAGAUGUUAGCCCAUGUUUGUGAGGAAUAUAUGCGAUUGUUUCCAAGGGAAUGGAGCCAGAUGAUGAUAAUGAUGAGGAGGAGGAUGCUGUUUGUCACUUGAAGGAGGCACUUGGUCCUAGGGAGCCAAAGAGAAGAGUCAGUGGAGUCAGUAGUGCUUCCUUUUUGUACCUGCCGACCAGGUUCCAACAGGUUUUACUUUCAAGGUUCACCAAACAACAGAUAUUUCACCGUUUUCUUCACAAUGUACACUCUAUAGACAAAGUUGUAGAAAAAAAAAACAUUGAUUUUGUGAUUGUGCAUGUUUUCCCAGUACUAAUAUACCUUGCAUCAGUCUUGUGCUCACAAAGGUCCAUGCCUCUUUCGUCUGCCAAACGCCUGGGCGCCCACAUUGGUGGGAACAAAGUUUGCAUGUCCCAGCCCUCCUGACCGACUCAAGAAGUCAGCCAAGCGGUGAGUUACACAUGUGGCGGUGUUGCACGCCCUCUUCUGUGCUGUGGCAUUACUUGUAAGAAGAAAAAGGAUAAACACAUUUUUAUAAACCCCAAGGUUCAAAUCAGACAUCAGAUUUUAACAACAUCCCAAACAUAACAGCAAUAAGUAGAAGAAUAUACCUUUAUAACUGUGAAUGAGGUGCAGAUGUGACUAUACUUACCCUUUUCUCCAUUUGUUUAUUCAUUGGUUUUUGUCUGUUAUCAAUCUUGACUGCAUUAAAGUGUAAUGACUUUUAAAAGGCACAUAGUCAUAAAACAAUUUAACAUUAGGGAGAUUUUAGUUGUCGCUACAUUUUAUUGUAUUUUAGAAAUUUGCAAAAACAGCUCUUUUGGCUGAUCCAUAGUUUUGAGGUCUCUGUCAUAUCUCUAAUGUCCACUGGUGGAAAAAAAAAGCACAGGAUUCACAUGCAAAAGCAGUCUCUUAAAAGAAUAAAGCUAAAUGGACGAGCAAAGGUUUAAGAAAAACAGAUACAAAAAAAUUAAAAAUUCAGGGUUUCAGUUAAGAAGGUUGCUGAAGUUUUCAUAUUGCCCAGAUAGACUUCGCUUCUUCCCAGGCGUCCCUGCUCCCACGUCGGUGCGGGGAAAGGUUUGUAGUUUGUGAAUAUCCUGGGAAAGUUUGCCCAACACACAAGUGCUCAAGCUGGUGCAGCGUUUAGACAUGGGUCUAUCUCGGCUGUUAGAGACAGAGACAAACAUGCAGAAAAAGGCUUGCAGUAACUGUGACAUGCAGAUGAACAUCAACAAUUACAUGCACAUUGUUUCUCUAAAUUACCAUGCAUAAACAGGAAGGCUGUGAUAAAUAAACACUUACAACGCAUGCUAACAGAUUCAACAGGCAUGUGCAUACAGCCCAUUUACCAAAAUAUCACAGUUUAGUCAUCAUGCUAUUAUGAUACGUUAAUUUUUCUGAACACAAUGUCAAUGUUUUUUUCUGACAAGGUACUGUCUUGAAGGAGUGUGAGAUGAUGAAUGAAUGAAUGAAUGAGUCACUGCCAUCCAUGCAAUGCAUGAGAGGGUUAUGACAGAGUAGAUCUGCAUGAAUUUGACUGUCUAUACCUUAAUAGUUUUGCAAAAUGGUAGAGCUGUUGGGCUUAUAAACAUAAGCGAGUUAUAUUUCAACUAAUGGUAGAUAGAUAGAUAGAUAGAUAGAUAGAUAGAUAGAUAGAUAGAUAGACAGAUAGACAGAUAGAUAGAUAGAUAGAUAGAAAGCACGAUUCUUUGCGGUACAAGGACUUUGAACUCAUCAUCAUCAUCUUUAGGUUAAUUUGAGUAAUAUAAUUAAUUAUCUAACAGCUGUAAGUCAUACCUGUUUCCAUCAGCUGUUUGGGGGUCCUGCUCAUCAGAGGUGAUCUGCAUGAAUUCCUUGAUCGCUCUGAGCAGCUUUUGUGCAUCAUCAUCCGACAGUGUGAUUCCAUCUGACAUCAACUCCUUACUAAGUCCAAAUAUUUACAGUGAUAGGAAUUCAAGGCAAUGUUAAUAAAAUAUUGAUGCAACAUCUCUCUUAAAAUCUGAUCAGAAAUAAAAUGGUUCUUAUUCUUUUACUUUAGUUCACUAUAUACAGAAUCUAUGUGAUGUAAAAUGUCAAUAAUUUUAACAAGUGCUGUGUUUUGACACUCUUCAGAAUAAUCCUACAUCUCUUACCUGGAGGGAGCUGCCUGCGAGAUGUACAUCUGACAAACCAUCAGCGCAUAAGCAAGAAGGAGAGUCCAAACUUUCAGCAUUAUCAUGCUUGCCUGCGGAAAACAUACACAACACCAAACAAGGUAGUACAAAAUGUUAUAAGGAAAAACUUGUAAAUGUAUUCUGUACAGCUUCUUUUUUUUAUUUUACUCCAUGAUCUCACAGUUAAACACACCCUCCUUCCAUCUGUCUCUCUCUCCCCCUGCCUCUCUAUUAGUGCCACUGAAGAUAAGAGAAUUAUUAGUUAUAAAGGGACACUUGAAUCUUUGCCAGCAGCUCGGUCCAUUAGCAGAAUUGGGUGCAGUCUACAUAAUAUAAGAACACUAGACCGGCAAAGCUGUUUCUCCCCUACCCGUUAGAAACUUAACACUGGUACACUUGCUUAUACAGUUCCCUCAGUCCUCACCUUCACAAAAAAAAACACAUCAUUGUUCAUAACUUACUUGUUAUAUAUAUUUUGAACAAUCAUCUAAAACAGCAAAUCUGGAUUUAUACUCACCUUUAGAUAACAAAUCCUGUGGUGAUGAGGAAUGAAAUGUUAGACUCACUGGUGAAUCCACUGAGCGCUCCCAACAGAACUGGGUUUUAUAUAUGUUCCCCAUGGGUUUCUGUAUUAACCUGUAAGAACUUGAUUGUACUCUAUUGGCCAGUGAUGCAUUUUACAUCUAACUGUUAGCCAAUCAGAAGUCCUACGUCACUUACAGUGAGCCAAUAAAAGAAGGGGUACACAAAUGACAUCAAUGUAUGUUUCUCAGUGUUUUUUUAUUCACACAAAAAAAAAUACUGAUUUAUCUGAAUCAUUUUGAAGAAAGAUGAGUGAUCCACCCAUCUUUCAAACAGAAAGUGUGGGGCUCCGGAACAAAGGGGACUGAAAAAAAAUCCACUUUCAGCUUAUUUUCUUUCAAAAUUAGAUGAUAUUAUCAUGCUGUACAUCCUCUGCAGUUUAAUAUUGUGUUAUCAUGAUGCACCCAGAAUUUAAACAUAGUAUAAUAGCUAUUUUGUCAUUUGUGUAUAAUUUGAUAAUAUAUAGUGGUUUGAUGCAGCAUCACUUAAUCUUCAAAUGGUAAAGAAGCAAAUGGCACACAGAGGAUCCAAACAAAUACAGUCCCUGUUUUGAUCAGGUAUAGAAUAGUAAACAGAUGAAAGAUAUUAAUUAUGUCUACAGUAACAGAUUAUCAGUCAGUAAAACAGCUUCAUGUCAGCAAAGUAAGUUUUAGGUAACAACUGAACCCAUUCGACCAAUAAGCCCCUGUUGCAACCAGUCAAGAUGUGGAGAAGCAUUUUCAGCAAGCAGAGGUGAACAGGGUCAAAAUGUGCAGUGAAAACAAGGUUAUCUUUGAAUAGGAAACAGCUGUUUUCCCCCAAAAGAUAGUCCAAAGAAAGUUCAAACCACUCAGAACUGCAGCCUGCAAUAACAGGCUGUAGUUUUAAAAGCUCUGAACACCAUUUAGACAAGAACGUGUAAAACAGUGAAGCAUCUGUAAACAAAGACUGUUAGGUAGCAGAUAUGCACUGAUGCUGUUCCUGAUUGUCUUGAAAAUGCACAGUUUUGCAUGUGACAGUAUGUUCACAUUAGCCUCCAACUUGUCCAACUUGUUCCUCUAUAGCACUGGUUCCCAACCUGGACUCAGGGCCCCCCAGGAGGGGUGCCAAAGAUCUCAGGGAAGGCACAAGACUUUGCCUGCUCUGAGGUUGUAAAAAUUAGAUUGCACAUGUGAACUAAAACCCUUAGAAAACUCUUGCCAGACAGUCAAGUUAUGCCAGUGUACAAAACUGCAAAAGUUUUUUUUGUUUUCUUUAGUACAAACAUUAAAAUUGAUGCGUCUUUUGACAGUCAUGCACCGCUUUUUUUUCCAGUGAGGGCCUUGCAAGGGGCUCUGCUUUUCUAUAAAACAAGAAAAGGGGGCACUAAGGAAAAAGAUAGGGGUCCACUGAUCUAUAGGCAUAGCUUUACAAUGAGUCCUUUCAAUGUAUAAACCUUCCCACAGAUUUCAGUAGUGUCCAUCCGGUUUCACUGGGCUAAUUACUGGGCUGCUGGUUUCUGGCCAUCUUCUAAUUCCCCCUUAUGUAACAAUAUUGGAUGAUGCAUCAUAAAGUAUCCAGCCGCCCAGUUAGUUUUUGCGUCACGAGGAAACUCAUUAGUAUGGAUGAGCCUUUUAGUGCUAUUGAGCAGACCUGCAGGCUCAGUACCAGGGGCACUAAAUUAGUCCCGAGAGAGUAUACAUUCAGACUCUCUGCUGAAGAUUCAUAUUUAUUGUCUCGAUCUUACUUGCCAAGAGGUAUUAUGUUCCCAAAUUCAACUUAAAGGUAGCAUUAGACACCAACCUAGAGAAGCAAAUUUGUCAAUUACAUGAGCCACAUUUUAACGGCUCACGAUUCACGUCACCCCGGCGGUACAAAAGUACUGUAAGUCCCCGCACACUUUUGGAUCGGAGCUGCUCUCAGGCCUCAGUUCACCCCUUCAUUCUCCGAGCAGGGACAUGAGUCGACGCCGAGAAACAGCAUUCCAAGGGGAAAAGUUUAUUGUCAAGAAUGCAAUUAACUCACUCUGUUCACAUUCUCUAAUGUUAGGCAUGAAUUGGCCUGGAAAGUUAAUUACAACACAGGAGAGCAUUCAUAACAGCGAGGGCAAUGUUAUGCUCACUGCAGUGCUCAUCAAUGACAGCCUCAGCUGAGUCAGUGUGAAUGUGUCUUCACCCAAACAGAAGCAGGGCUGUUCCUGGCAGAGACUCAAACCCCCCAAAGAGAAUUUCAUUUAAAACUCUCUUUUAUUGACACCUCACGCAUUAUUGUGUUUGGCAGCAAGAGUCGGUAAUUAGCUAGAAUUGCUUCACAGUAAAGUUGUGUUACAUUUUAACAUUUAAACAUUUGGACGUUUUAGUUCAAUGCGCUGUAAAAUGAAUAUCAGUCCUCCAGGCUCAUGUGAUCAUUAGCACUUAAAGGAAGGCCCUAAAUAUGUUUGGCAUUAAACCAGAGAUGGUCCAAGGCAUAAGCGAAUUAUGCGCCCGCUCAGGGUCCCGCAGCCAAUAGGGGGCCCCGAAGAGCAAUCCAAACAAAAAAAUUAUAAUAUUUUUUAUUUUUUGCAUGUAUGAGUGAUGCUUUCUGUAUGAUUAAAUAUAUAUCAUUGUAAAAAUAAAAUUAAAGUAGAAAACAUUUUAGUACUGCUGCUGAUGUAGGCCUAUGGUUCUUACUGCCGAUAUGUCAAAGCUCCGCUACCAUUUUGUGCCUUUGCUGUGCAAUGUGCGCUGAGCAUCCAAAGCAAAAAAAAGGACAUGUCCUUCAGGAGCAGAGAAAAGAAAGAGGAAGAAGAGAAAAAAAACGCCAAGAUAAAGGUAUGUUUGCAUGUAAUGGAAUGUUAAUGAGAUUUGUUAAGGUGUGUGAUUGAUCAACAGUCACUAUUAUUGGGAGAAAUAGAGGGCCCCAAAAUUAAACUUUGCUUAGAGGCUUUGGCCAGCUCUGCAUUAAACAGAUCACUGGGUCAUCAUAAUGUCUUUUUAGGUCGAGGCAAGCUGAGUCAUGGCGUGGGACACAAAAAGUGCAAAAAUAGCGCCGUGCGACCCAAUCUGCACGAAUACCUCAGCAUGACAGUCCAGUUCAGGACUAACGGAUUCAUUUAGAGCCAUUUAACAGAGAUUUGUUCGCAUGUUGAGACAAGACUUCACUUGUCACCUCAGGACAGAGAAUUUCUUUCUUUAACUUGUAUCAGGCACAAACUUUAACAAAUGUGGUUCACUGCUGCUAAUUUCUCAGUCAGUAGGUGGUACCAUGCGUGCACAAACUUUCAGUUUAGCCAUAUUUUUUAUCUAUGUAUUUAUUAUUAUGAUAUUUAAGUUCCCUCAAAAACACCAAGGCAGAAGGAUAUUAGUUUUUGCCUAUGAAUAAAUUAGUUUUAGUAAAUGGAUAAUUGUCUUCAACAAUAAAAGGCAGUGAGAGGAACAUUCACAAAUGUUGUACAGCUGUGUGGAGAACCUGAAUGUGCCGCAAACAAUCGUCGGACUUCUGUUACACCUCCGAGAAGAACAUCAAAUUUACAAUGAGGCUCAUGGAACUAUUAGCAUAAGGUCAAGUAUCCAUUAGCAGAAGACCUUACACCUGUUUGCUCUCCAUUAGAAAAGUUGACUGAACCUAAGCUAACAUUUAAACACCUGGUUAGCCGCUGCAGAGAGAUUACAAGACCUCUCGAUCUUUCCGUAAAUGCUAUUAUGUUGUCAGGAGAAAUAAGUUCUGGACAGCAUUAGUAUUUCCAGAGAAGCUUUGUAAUCACAUUUUCCCCGUACACUGAUAAGUCCAGUCAUCUGGACGGUAAACGACAACAGUCAGGGGACCCUCCCAAUCAAAUAUGCACAUACAGUAUAGAAAACAAGAGGAGCAGUAUGAUUUAUACACCAACGUAUCUGUUCUUUUGAUAAUUUGGGUUUCAUGGGCCCAUUCUUUCUCAUAAAAAACAGAUUCAAUUUUAUGUGUAAUUGUAAAGAUUAAAUUGUAGUACUGGGCAGGUGCCAAAAGUUCAACAUUUUAUUUUCCCAUUCGUUUAUUUUGACUUAUUUGGGCAAAGUCACGGUGCCAAACAAAGAUUCAAACCUCUGUUUUCUCCAGCUGUACAUACUGGACACAGAAUUCCAAGCAGAUGAGCUAAACGAUCUCUAAAACGUGUCCCAUCUCAGCACUUUGUUUCAGCUGGACACACCUCCUAACACCUCAGCUGUCUCUUUUUGAUGCUCUGAAUCAGCUGUUUCAUUUCAGAGUGACGUCAGGGUUUUUUUUAUUUAUUUGGAAAGUCUGUGGUAACCAUUAUGAACAUCUCCAAUUAUCACACAUUAUUCUCCGUUUGGAACCAGACCAUAAAGCUUUUUCGGCCCUUAAUUAGAUUUUCCUGUGAUAGCACUUGAGAUGAUGUCACCCCAUGUGGUUUUAGAUACGGUCCGUGUAAACCACCUGGACCCCUGUGUUUGUGAUAUUUUUAUGAACUAAACAAGAAAGCACAACAGUGAGAACACAUUUACAGUAUUUGAUUAAACCUGACUGAUGUGUUUAGUGCUUCCAGAAUAGCGUUUGAGUCCAGGGAGCUGGCAGGAAGUGAAUAAGUAAUUUGCAAGAAUGUCCUCAUUAGGUGACCCUAACAAAUCUGAAUGAUUGGGAGAGGUCUGUAAAGACUAUUCAAGGCAUCUGAGUAAAUGAAAAAGUGGCUUACCAGCUGCCUCAGCAGGAAGGAACGGCUGGAUAAACAACAUUAUGUCUAAUGAGGAAUUAGUCAUGAUGACAUGAUCACACAAAAGAUUAGAGAGCAUGGUUUUACAAAAGUGCUAAUUGUUUAUGCUUAAAAAAACCCUUAAUGAGAUGACAGUGUUUCUGUUCUUUCUGUCUAUCAUGCAAAAAGGUUGUAAAUAAAAGAGUUAAACACAUUAUUGUGUAGUGCAUGUAGUCUAUGGAUUAAAAAGCUUUUCUGGAAAAAAAUCACUUCUAUUCCUUUCUUACACAAAGCUCAGAGUCGCCAGACGAGAUCUUCUUUCGGUUACAAGCUUAAAAAAAAUCUCACCCAACUUUGCAAGUCUGGAAUGUGGUGCACACCAUGACCUUUAACCCCUGAGUGUCGUGCAUGACCUAACCUCUCUCAUGUUGAGGUGAAGGAACCUGCAGAGGCUUACUGGGGCAAAGUUUAUUUGCUUAAAAACAAAACAGGAUAAGACACAAACAUGCUUCACCGGGGCUUUUGCACUACAUAAGGUAAUUGAUUUGGGGAUUUAUUUGGAGACUGAUCAUCCCUUUAAAAAAAAACAAAAAACUUUUGUAACCAUCUAAUGAUCUUUGUGGGUGGAGUGUAGGCUUUUUUUCAAUAACACUUUAUUUAUCAUCAUCCUGUUAAUGCUUUGGAUGCUGUCAGUAGAUAUGUAGAUGCAUGUCAACAAUGUGUCUCUUGACAUUCAACAGACUGCAUGGGUGAUAAACUUAUUGUCUGGCGCAUUAUAACUUCAAACUUUUUGCAAAAACUCUCCUCUGACCAUCGGUGUGCUUUUGUGCUGUAGGGUGUCGACCAAUAUUCAACAAGCUAUCAGUACAUGGUCAACUUCUUCUGUGUUGACAAUAAACUACAUGAAAUCAAUCUGUAAGUUGGAACCAUCUGUACACAACCCACUGUUGACUUACAACUAAGUAAGUACUGAUAGCAUGUAGAGAAUGAAGAGAUGGACUAACCAAAUAAAGUGUCACUCUUUUUUUCAUCAGGACGGAGGCCCUGGAUGAUGUCCUGAUGAUCACCUUGUAGUCUGGUUCCUGGUAGUCCCAGCAGUGGCUUCAAACUUCGCUUUUUUGAUAAAAAUUAGAAGUAGUGCUGGCACAGGCGUGGACUUUGUAAACUGCUGAAGCUUCUGUUUGAGGUGAAGCAUGUUUUGACUGUAUAUUUCCUACAGCUGUUGUGUUGUCUCAUUUCACAGAUUUCCUUGGAUCCUUGUUGCAGAUCAGCCGCCUCUAUAGACCUGUUGAAAUAAGCACUAUUGGUAAUGAUCGCUCAUUCUCAUUAAUUCAUUAUAUUUUAAUUACCAACACUGUUAUUGGGGUUGCAUAGAUCGCUCUGUCUCUUUUUGGCUGUCAAACAGUUGAUUUGUCCUUGUCUGUUUGUCCGUCUCACUCCAUCUCACUCUGUUUUAUUUUCUAUCCCUCUGUCUCUGUUGACUCUGGUUCUGCUCAAGGUAUCUGCCUGCUGGAGGACGUUUUAAAGUGACAGUACUGUGAGGUGAUCUCUUUACACUGUUCAUUGCUGGUUCUCAAUACAUGAAUACGGGUAUUACUAAUACUAAAUAAAUUUAUUAGCACAUAUUGAAUUCCUCUCAUCCUUUUAUAUUUGUUUAUUUGUCCUAUCUCCAUCGUACUAUCACUAGAAGCCUUGCAUAAUGAACCUUUAUGUAACAACCAAAAUGCUGUCUCCCGUCUUGGUCCUCCUUCAAGCAAGAUUGUUGACUUUAUGUACACAUAGUAUUAUCAGAAUAAUCUGAUUGUCUUGAAAAAAAUACCUGUCCUUGGCAUGCGACAACUCAGCAGACUUAGCCAACACUUUUAAUACUUUGACCAUUACACUGAUGGAGCACAGUCAACACAGUCGACAAUGACGACAAAACUAUUUUCACGACUUUGGUGUUACUAUCAAUGGAUUAUAUCCAGUUCAGUUUCAGUAUCUAAUUUUGCAUGUUGCUGGUUUGCUAGCACACUGAUCUAGCCAGGCAUAGCCGGACUUAAGUGUCGAUUUUAAUUUCUAUCACAAAAUGUUCCUGAUUGAAACACCUCUUGACCGACACUUAUCAGACAAACAAAGCGUGAGACAAAGCGGACUGAUGCAAGACUAGAAGGCUAGUUACAGCAUUUUUACAGUAAAUUACUGAACAAAGACAUUGCAUACCUAAAUUUGGUGGUCAUCUCAACAAAACUAUAAUGACAGCAGGUAAUAAUUACUGUCAACCACCUUAAGUGAUUAAAAAUGCCCCAGUCAUUCUUUAAAUCCACCCCACAGGCAUUUUAAGUUUACCCUUCCCACUGCGUAAUGCGACGUCGAAAUGACAUCUAUUUAACCUAUUUUUUCGACAAUGACGUACAAAUGUGGACUUUCAACGUCUAAAAGAGGUCCAAUGAUGACGUCUAAAUCUUGGAUCAUUUUGCACGUUGUGCCAACGUCAUAGCGACGUCUAAAAAAGGUCCAAUUUGGACGUUGAAAUUUCUAACCUAUUUUGCACGUCCCACUUAUGUCUAGAUGUGGUCUUUGAUGGACUGACCCAAUACUGACUUGAUCUGCGCGUCUCUUCAACGUCCGAUGUUUGGUGGGGAUCAGAAUCAGAUGUGGUGAAUAUCAGUCAAAGCAUAUCUUCAAGUGCAAAUUGAACAUCUGCUCAUUAGUUCGUCUUGUUCUCAGGCUGCUUGAAGACUCUGUAUUAAGUACUUACCUGAGAGGUAGUCUGUGCUCUGCCCUCCCCCCUCCCUUCUUUGAGUGAUUGUUAUGUUCUGAAAUCUACUUUUUAUUUGCUUCUUCAUAUGAAAUUUUGUUUAUCUUUGUGUCCUGAAAAUACUUGUAAAGAUCCUGUGAGGCACUUUCAGUUUGGAUCAAUUUUGAUGCCUCCUGUGAACAGAGCAGUCUGUUAUUUGUCCUCUAAAUGCUGCAUUAUUAUACAUUUUGACAUAUAAAUGUAUCUUUUAAUGUGAAUACUUUUUCUUUGGCUGUCUGUCUGACCACUUGUACCAGUUUUAAACAAUAACUAUAACAAUAUGAGAACUGUAAAUCUUGUCACUGCUGGUCUCGUUUGCUUUUGUACGUCAUAAAAAAGCAUCAUUAUGAAUUUCAGUCUAUUUUAUGAACAUAAAAACACUCUUCAGAGGAGCUUUAAACUAAAUCAUUAUUAAGGCUCAUGUAACAUACAUAACAUUUGCAUUAGGUAGCCCCUGUGAUUAAUGAAAUAUUGCUGAAAAAUUAACUUUUUUGAAUUGAGAUGCUCUCCUUAAUAUCUAUAUUUAGAAAGAUGCUUCCAAACUGCUGGUAAAUCUGUCCGAGGUUUCCUGACAAUGGGUGGCCCCAGACACCGUCGGUUCAGUCGACCCCAUACUCCCCUACUGCAAAAGGAAAACGCUAAAUCAUAAUUACAUAAUUGUCUGAUGUUCAUCUCUCUCUGAGUGUCAUUCAUGCAUCAAAAUUCUGGUCUGCACCUUUGUUAGAGCAAAAAAAAGACUCUUUACAACUGCAAUUACUCAGCAUUUUCCUUUUUACUACUGUUUAGACGUCGUGUUGGUUUAACUGGAGAAUUUUUAUGCUUUUACACCACCCCUCCGUAGGUGAGAUAAACACUUCCAAAAGCUUAACCUCAUAUCUACCGAAAUUAUCCGGAUUAUUGAUCAAGAGCAGAACAAAGUUCACCAACAGUUGACUAACUUUCUGGCCAAUCUUAGCCUAAGAGGCGGGGGAUAGAAAAUGUGCAAGAUGAUACAUAUGUGCCUCAGUUACUCUGAGGAGAAGCCGAAGUCAGCAGGUUUGCUCCGGCAGUGAGGAACGAUUUCACCAAAGGAUGGUUUCUAUUAAAUCUCCGUCUCUCGUGCCGCUGUCCUGCGCGCAGGCUCUGCUCGGGUUGAGCUGCCUGACUGUCGCCCUCCUCGCCUUCCUGCUGGUCCGCCAGCUCGUCAAGCAGAGAAGACCCCCAGGCUUUCCUCCUGGUCCAUCUCCCAUCCCUGUGAUAGGAAACAUUCUGUCUUUGGCCACCGAGCCGCACGUCUUCCUCAAGAAGCAGAGUGAAGUUCAUGGACAGGUAACUACCUACACACACACUCAGCCUUAAGAGCGAUUUAUGACUGCAAUGCUUUUUCACUGAGUGCUCUGCAGACUGUGAUGCUUUCAGACUUGAGGCGCUCUCACACAUGCACUCCCACACACCCACUGAGAAAUAGUUAUGAAACGAACAAAAGAGACUCGCCCUAACGUUUGGCGGUCUGCAGGAUUUGCUUGUAAGGAGAAAAAAAAGCUUGCACAUGAGAAGUUUGAGAGUGUAAUUUAAGUCUCCCCAGAGCACACAAUGCGGGGAGUGGACUUGCAUGUGAUAAAACACAGAAGUGUAUUCGUGUUAUAGUGUAGCCAAGCCUCUUUACGUGGAAAGUUAACCUUAAGAAGGGGUCAUUGUCUCAUUCAUCCUCUCACUGACUUCAUACUCAGUUUUAGUGCCUCAAAGAAAAGUUGACAAAUCUACUCCAACUGUUGCAACACGCUUGUAGUUGUGGUUCAAAUCUUAAAAAGUAGAUCUUUGCAGAUAAAAUGUUCAAAACUAAAACAGCUCAGUGCUCAUCAUCAUGUGUUUUGCAUCUCUCAGAUUUUUAGCCUUGACCUGGGGGGUAUCAUGACGGUGGUGUUAAACGGAUAUGACUGUGUGAGGGAAUGCCUUUAUCACCAGAGUGAAGUGUUUGCUGAUCGACCAUCGCUUCCUUUGUUCAAGAAAAUGACCAAAAUGGGUGGUAAGAUGAUGAGAUUAGACUGCAGUUUGCACCGUCAGCAUGCAAAUAAGAUACCAGUUUCAUGGAGUAAUAACUAAACCUCUCUUACUCUCUCUCUCUCUUUACAGGGCUUCUUAAUUGUAAAUAUGGUAAAGGUUGGAUCGAACACCGUAAACUGGCGUGCAACUCUUUCCGGUACUUCGGCAGCGGACAGAGGCAGUUUGAAAGAAAGAUCUCUGAGGAGUGCAUGUUCUUCGUGGACGCCAUCGACGAACACAAAGGGAAACCCUUCAACCCAAAGCACCUUGUAACCAACGCUGUAUCCAACAUCACCAACCUGAUCAUUUUCGGGCAGCGUUUCACUUACGACGACCGCAAUUUCCAGCACAUGAUUGAAAUAUUCAGUGAGAACGUGGAGCUAGCUGUCAGUGGCUGGGCGCUCCUCUACAACGCCUUCCCUUGGAUUGAGUACGUGCCCUUUGGGAAGCACCAGAAGCUUUUCCGCAACGCCUCCGAAGUGUACGACUUCUUACUCGAGGUCAUCAGAGGUUUCUCUCAGGGCAGGGUGCCGCACGUUCCACGCCACUAUGUCGAUGCCUAUUUGGAUGAGUUGGAACAGAAUGUAGGUGACCCGAGUUGCUCUUUCUCCUAUGAAAACCUCAUUUAUUCAGUGGGGGAACUCAUUAUAGCUGGCACGGAGACCACAACCAACACACUGCGCUGGGCCAUGCUGUAUAUGGCCCUUUACCCCAACAUACAAGGUCAGUGAGGUCACCCAACAAUGAGAGCAUUGUACUCUUGAUGGUGUACAUCUGUUUGCAAUAGAAAUGUAAAUGUGUUGUAAUGCUACACAUGGAUAAAUGAGUGAAAGUGCAUUUUCUUUUUUCCUUUCAAAGAGAGGGUGCACAGGGAAAUCGACAAUGUUCUCACCAAUGGAAGAGCACCCACCUUGGAGGACAAGCAGAAGAUGCCCUACGUGGAGGCAGUUCUUCACGAGGUCCUUCGCUUCUGCAACAUCGUCCCGCUUGGUAUUUUCCGCGCCACUUCCCAAGAUGCAAAAGUUAAUGGAUACACGAUUCCCAAAGGCACCAUGGUGAUCACGAACCUCUACUCGGUGCAUUUCGAUGAGAAGUACUGGAUGGAUCCAGGCGUCUUCUCACCACAGAGGUUCCUGGACAGCAAUGGCAACUUCGUGAGGCGUGAAGCCUUCCUGCCGUUCUCCAUGGGUACGUCUCGUCUUUGCGUAUCUCUUAAAUCGCUCUGUAUUCACAUUAUUGGGCCUGUGAUAGCGUAACAUCUUCUCACAGGAAAUGCAGUGCCUGAGCAAGGGAUGACUUUAAGGAUGUUUGGGCACUGAUUUGUCUUUUGCUCUUUUUUGCAAUCAAAAUUUGUUAAAGCUAAUCAUCUAUAUUAGUAAAAAAUCUAAAAAUCAAAAGUUCACAGGCAAAAAGCAAAUGUCUGUAUUGCAUUGAUUAUAUUGGCUAGAUGUUCUCCAUUGUUGUGUGAAUGUGCUCGUGAGUAUAAUUCAAAGCAUUGUGUAAUUUUUCAGGGAGGCGCCACUGCCUGGGUGAACAGCUGGCCAGGAUGGAGAUGUUCCUCUUUUUCACCACUUUACUGCAGAGGUUUCAUCUUCAGUUCCCUCCAGGAACCGUUCCCACCGUCACUCCCAAACUUGGAAUGACCCUGCAGCCUAAACCUUACUCCAUCUGUGCCAUCCGCAGACAGCAGAAAAGUCCCUGCUCUGAGCACACUCCUUACCACAUAUAACAAGCAGGAACUUAUUACAGCUUGUUCAGCUUUUUCAAGGAAGAAUUGAAACAUUUUGCACAGCAAUGCAACCACAUGAUACUGGUGCACAAGACUGUAUAACUCUGGACUGCAGUAUCUAGUUCUGGUGCGCUACAGGUUUUUCCAAAGUGGGAAAAGUAGCUCUUUGCAUAUGAACAUGAGAUCCAUUUAUUCAGUUAGUGUCAAAUUCUCUUUCUGAGGAUAAAAUGCUUUUUUUGCACAAUACUUUUAAGCAUCAGGAGAUGUGACACGACUGUGUGCUGCAAGGGCAUCCUGGGAGUAAGAGCGUGCUAUUGAUUCAGUUCUCAGAGUUGCACUGAGCCCAGAAAACGCAAAGUCUAUGAACCUCGGUGCGGUAGCGAUGACUUAGAGAUAUGUCAAUGAUUGAUAGUAAGUACACCCAUGAUGGUUCAUAGCCCUGCCUUCUCAGGACAGCUUCAGGUCAGACAGAUGACACCACAGAUUCAUACAUGUGGGGCGAAAUGGGACUAACAGACUUUCCAAGAAAGUCCUGAACACUGUGUAUUGGACCUGGACACGGGCCAAGAAUUACGUCAUCUCGAGUGACUGACCUCUUCUCCAGGGAUAGUGUUUGAUGGAAAAAAUCUUUCUCUUGGAAGGCAAAUGUAACCCCUCCUUGAUUUCUAGAAACUGACUUUGCAACACGGGUUUCUGCUAAAUGGUGCUUAUCAGUACUAACAAAGUACUACAUUUGUGUUUGAGGUUAACGUUUGUUUGUCCUUUUUUUAAAAUACUGG